GGCAGCCUCCUGCCUCCCAUUUUUUGAGAGGAGCCCUGGGAGCCUCAGAGUGCUCUGAGCAAGGCAGAUGUGCUCUCCCUGCACACUUUGGGGGACGAGGUGCCCGAGAUGCUGGCCACUUGUUGGUCACCUUCCUGCUGCUGCUCUCCCUGUGCUGUCACUCCACUCCUAGCCAAGGAUGCAGCUUGCUGGGGCAUGGGGCCAUGUGGAGCUGUUUGCUUGGAAAAGGGUGGAUGAUCCCAAAGGUUCCCCUUGAAAUCCUAUCCGUCCGUCCCCUGGUGCUAACACAUCCCAGAAAACACCAUUGUCUGGGGCCAGUGCUUUUACCCCUCUAGCUCUGGCUGUUUGGAUGGUUUACCCAAAGUCCUGGCUGUCCUCUGAGGCCUUCCUUCUUGCCUUGCAGUCAGCAUUUGGGGUUAUGGUGUCCCUCGUGUGCAUGAGCUGUGAUGUGUCCCCACUGCGUCGCGUUGCUUACUGCAGGCCGCCGUGGCCCCUCUGGCUCCCAGCAGCCCCGAGGGAUGCUGCUCAUCCCACAUCCUGCCGCUCCGAAGCUCCAUCUGAUGCCUGUCCCAGGCUCCUCCCAUCCCCCUUUGGAUGGGCCACCAUGUCUAAUUAAUUACCUUCCUCUUGCCGUUCAAUAGCUGGCUCUUGAUCCAUGUAAUCGUAUUUCUGUCCAUGCUGGCUUGAUUUAAUUUCCCCCUUAGGAUAUUGUGUGGCACUGCGUAUCAGAUGCCUCUCCGAAGCCCUGGUGUGUUGUCCCCACCGUGCCCCCUUUGUCUGCAAUUACGCAUUGUAUUUAAACAGCAGAGCCCUCCAGAUCUGACUGGCUGUAAACCAGAGCCUGGAUGCCCGGCUGUGCUCCGUGUGCUGCGAGAGGGGAUGGGGACUCUGCACAGCCCCAGUCCCACACAGCAGCUCCAUGCCCCCAUCUGAGCCCCACGUGGCAACCUGGCACCGUGGUUUGCAGCGCUUCACACCCCUGACAGGUCGUCCCACAGCUGUCCCCUCACCCCAUGGCUGUCCCCUUUCCCAGCAGCCCUGUCCCCUGCUCUCCCCGGGCCGCCAUCCCCUCUGUGCAGAGGAACAAGGGCUGUGCUGUGUGUCCCUGCACCCCGCUCGCGUGCCGGCCCUGCACAAAGCCACAUUGUUUGCCCGUGCUGCUGGGUGCAGUGCCUGGCACCACACUGCCUUCUCUGCCCAGCCCUCCUUCGCUUUCUUGUUCUGAUUUGGGCUGCUCCUGGCAUCUGGCUUGUUGCUCUUGCUUUGUGCUGUGUUUCAGUGUUGGUGGCUCAGAGCGAGCUCCUGCAGAUGCUCAUCUGAGCUUCUUGGGCUCAAAGACCCGCCGUGCUCCAUCUCCUCCAGGCUGUCCCCACGUGCCCUGUCCCCUCCUCCCUCGCUGUGCCCGGGGAGCUGCAGGCAGAGCUGUCUGUCAUUAGAGUCUGACUCACCCGCAUUCAGGCGGUGCUCAGUGCCCAGAUGGCGGCACACAGACUGGAGGCUCUGUUGCCCCAACAUAGUGAAGUCGGAUGCGGGGCCGCUCCUGCAGCUCAGGCAGAGCACACAAGGCAUGCCUGCUCCCUCCCUGCGCCUCAGUUUCCCUACCAUUGUUCCUGAUGCACAGCAUUUCCCCCUCCCUCCUUGCAGGGUCACCUCUGUGCCUGGCCUGCGUCCCACCGCCCCGCUGCACCAUGGCGUCCCGCAUCGGGCUGCGGAUGGAGCUGAUGAAGCAGCAAGCACAGCAGGAGGCCGAGCGGGAGCGCGCUCAGCAGCAGCUGAUGAUGAACUACAUGCAGCAGCAGCGCAUGCCGGUGGCCUCCACCCCCGCCAUCAACACCCCCAUCCACUACCAGUCCCCACCGCCCGUGCCUGGAGAGGUCCUCAAGGUGCAGUCCUACCUGGAGAACCCCACCACCUACCACCUGCAGAAGUCACGGGACAAGAAGGUUCAGGCGUAUCUCUCUGAGACCUAUGGGAACAAGUUUGCUGCCCAUGUCAGCCCUGCCAGCCACUCGCCAAAGCCGCCCCCGGCUGCGUCCCCCAGCGUCCGGCCCGGCCACGUCUUGUCCUCCUCGGCGGGCAACAGCGCGCCCAACAGCCCCAUGGCCAUGCUCAACAUCGGCUCCAACCCUGAGCGGGAGUUUGAUGAGGUCAUCGAUGACAUCAUGCGCCUGGACGAUGUUCUGGGCUAUAUGAACCCUGAGGUCCACAUGCCCAACACGCUGCCAAUGUCCAGCAGUCACAUGAAUGUCUAUAGUGGGGACCCCCAAGUGACCGCCUCUCUCGUUGGUGUCACCAGCAGCUCCUGCCCCGCCGAGCUCACCCAGAAGAGAGAGCUGACAGAUGCUGAGAGCCGAGCCCUGGCAAAGGAGCGCCAGAAGAAAGACAAUCACAACCUGAUCGAGAGGCGGCGAAGGUUUAACAUCAAUGACCGCAUCAAGGAGCUGGGGAUGCUGAUCCCCAAGGCCAAUGACCUGGACGUGCGCUGGAACAAAGGGACGAUCCUGAAAGCUUCUGUGGACUACAUCAAGAGGAUGCAGAAGGACCUGCAGAGAUCGCGGGACCUGGAGAACCACUCUCGGCGGCUGGAGAUGACAAACAAGCAGCUGCUACUCCGCAUCCAGGAGCUGGAGAUGCAGGCGCGCGUGCACGGGCUGCCCACCUCCUCGCCCUCAGGUGUCAACGUGGCUGAGCUGGCUCAGCAGGUGGUCAAGCAAGAGGCCGGUGCAGAUGAGGGCAUGCUGCCCCCCCCGGACCCUGAGUCACAGCCGGUGCUGCCUCCACCGCCGCAGUCUCCUUACCACCAGCUGGACUUUACCCACAGCCUGAGCUUUGACGACGGCUCCCAGGGCUUCCCGGACAGCCUGGAACCCGGCCACAGCGCUUCCUUCCCUUCCCUAUCCAAGAAGGAGCUGGACUUGAUGCUGCUGCAGGACACCAUGCUGCCCUUGGCCUCCGACCCCCUGUUCUCGGCCGUGUCCCCUGAGGCCUCCAAGGCCAGCAGUCGCCGGAGCAGCUUCAGCAUGGAGGACGCAGACAUGCUGUGACGAGGGGCUGCGCCCGCGCUGGGGGCGAGGACUGGGCCUUCGAGUUUGGUUAGUGAAGUCACGGGGCACUCUUCCUCCUGGGGGAGGAGCCCGUCCUGCUGAGCACUUGAAUCUACAUAGGAGUACAUUUUCUCUAUGCAACGGGGGUCUCGCUUCAAGGCUCACCGGGUACCACCAUGUCUUUUGCAAGCUUUUUUGUUGCCCAGAGCUGGAGCCAACCUUCUUGGCUUGCCGUGGCGUUGGCCUGGCUGCAGCUUUUCCAGCCAGGCAGCAUGAUCUCGGCUGCUUCGCCUCCCACCGUGUCCCUGCUGUGCUCCCUGUGUGGGCUCGGAGCUCCACGUCCUGGGUGUGAUGCUCACAGCUCUCUGCCUCGCUGCCCCCUCCCAGUAUUCCCCUGCAGUGCCACUGAUGGCGUUGUCACAGUGUCACCUCCCUGCUGGGGCUCCUCCUGACAGUGCCUCUCCAGGGCAGCGGGGAGAAGCAGUGCUCCAGCGGAGCAAGCAAAUUCCCAGGGCAUGGGAGGGGAUGUCCUAUGGAAUUUCGUCGCUUCGAUGUCGUGGAGGUCCAGCAGCACUGUGUUCAUCAGCCUCCACCCCACAGAAGUGCCUCUGCCCUGAAACACCACACUAUGCUCUCAGCUCAGGAGCAGCAUGUGGUUUUGAUGAUGACUCUUUGCAUGCGUACCGAGAGCGGACGUCCUGCCCUGCAUCAGCGUGGCAGCCGUGCCAGGGGUGGAUCUGUGCCCAUUGCUAAACCUGAGCAUCACUUCUUGUUCCACUGUUGGCAGCAUGCUCCCAGCCUCACCGGUGGGGCUGUGAGGUGUUGGUCAUUGCUUCCCUGGCAGUGAGGGGGGGGAGCUGGGGGUGUGAGGGGGA